GAGUGGGCGGGCACGUGACCACCGCCCGAGGAGGCCAGCACCCGGCGGGGCUCCGGGAGCCUGGAGGAGACGGUUGACAUGCAAUCAGAGACCUCUCAUCCGAAUCAGUUACUCUGCUGAUUAGAACCUAAUUCUCUCAGGAGUUUGAACACUGAAGAAAAUUGCACUGUCGAUAUUGGAGCGAAACACAAAUGCUGUGUUUGCAGAAGAGUGUAUGAAGAUAUAUCUGAAAUGUCCAAACACCAGCGCAGUCACAUUGGGGAGAGACUGUGGAAAUGUGGGGAUUGCGGGAAGGGAUUUCUCUAUCCAUCUCAAUUGAAAAUUCACCAGCGCAGUCACACUGGGGAGAGACCGUUCAUCUGCGCUAACUGUGGAAAGAGAUUCACUCAGAAGGCAAACCUGCUCAAACACCAGCGAGUUCACUCUGGAGAGAGACCAUUAACCUGCUCCGAAUGUGGGAAGGGAUUCGCUCAGUCAUCCAACCUGCUGAUACACCAGCGGGUACACUCUCGGGAGAGACCGUUCACCUGCUCUGAGUGCGGCAAGGGCUUCACUCAGUCAACUGACCUGCUCAAACACCAGCGGGUUCACACCGGGGAAAUCCCAUUCACCUGCACUCAGUGUGGGAAGGGAUUCACUCGGUCGUCUGACCUGCUCAAACACCAGCGGGUUCACUCUGGGGAGAGACCGUUCACCUGCUCUGACUGUGGGAAAGCAUUUGCUCAGACAACUGACCUGCUGAGACACCAACGAGUUCACACCGGGGAGAAACCUUUCACCUGCUCGGAGUGUGGGAAGGCGUUCACUCAGUCGUCCCACCUGCUGAGACACCAGCGCGUUCACACCGGGGAGAGACCCUUCACCUGCUCUGACUGUGGGAAAGGAUUCGCUCAGUCAUCCAACCUGCUGAUCCACCAGCGGGUUCACUCUGGGGAGAGACCCUUCACCUGCUCGGAAUGUGGGAAGGGAUUCACUCAGACGACGGACCUGCUGAUCCACCAGCGGGUUCACACCGGGGAGAGACCGUUCACCUGCUCUGUGUGUGGGAAGGGAUUCACUCGCUCAGCCAAACUGCUGAGACACCAGCGCAUUCACUCCAGGGAGAGGCCAUUCACCUGCUCUGAGUGUGGCAAAGGCUUCACUAAUUCGUCCAAUCUGUUAGCACACCGACACCUUCACCCUGGGGAAUAGUUAAUCUGCUGUGCUCAGUCAGAAGUGAUUUACUCAAAUCACUCGCCUACGGGUGGGAGUGUUCACCUGCUCACAGCGUGGGGAAGUCAUUUCAUUUGCAUCCUACAUGCUAAUACAGCAGUGAGCUCACACUGAGGAGAAACUGUUCCCUCGCUCUGUACACGGGAAGGAAUCGCUUUGUCAUCCAUCCGGUUCACACACUAGUGAGUUCAAAGAUCUGCAGCUGAAAGAUAUUUCCUCUUCCUCUCACCAAUGAACGAAUCAUAGUCAUUGAGCUGUUUGUACUGAUGUUAUCAAACACUGCAUCAUUAAAAGUGCUGAUAUUAUGAUUAA